CACCAUUACGGUAACUUCGCUCCCUUCCACCUGUCAAACAUGGCGCUGUCCUGUUCGAGUCUGUGUAGCCAUUUGUCUUUCAUCCGACUAUGUGGCCUCAGGACAAACAUAAUAAUCAAUGGCCUUUACUCUCCUGUUAAGUCCUGUCAGCCCAGGUUGUCCCUGUGUAGACACUACUCAUCAUCCAAAGCUAGACAUGGUGUUGUCCGAUAUGUCACCACUAAGCUCCAGAGGGUAAAUAGCAAAUACGAAGCUUUCCUCAAAAGGCGAUUUCCUCGCUUUUUCCUGCUUUACAACACGUUUGUUAAAGGAUUCAGGCUACUGUACCAAGAUGCCAACUCUGUGGCAAGGAUUAAAAGAAAGAUGUACUCUGACGGAGUGCAGUUCAAGGAUUUGCCCUACAGGGAGAUGGAGUUGCUCCGACAGUUUCGCAGAAACGUGAUCAAAGCCGUUCCGCUGGUGGUGAUCUCCAUCCCUCCUUUUGCCAACUACCUGGUUUUUGUCUUGAUGUACUUUUUCCCCCGCCAGCUCCUGAUCCCGCAUUUCUGGACUCCAAGCCAGCAGGUGGAGUUUCAGGGAGUGUACCAUUCCCUCAGGGCUCAGCAUCUCCGGCCUGUGCUCAAAGGGCUGGAGAAUACGAGCCACCAGGUCAAGGACCGUCAGCUUCAGGGUCGACUGAAGGACCUGUGUACUAAAGUGCAAAAUGGCGUAAACCCUCGAGUGUCAGAAAUCCUAGCUGUUCGGAGCCUGUUUUCAGGACCCCCUCUGGGUUUGAAGAGGAUGAGCACGCAGCAGAUGAGACACAUCAGCCCCCUGCUCUUCCUGACGCCCCGCCUCCCGGGUUUCCUGAUUGGCUGGCGGCUGAACAACCACGCCAUGGAGCUGCUGCAACUGGACCGGGCCCUCGGCAGGCUGGGCCCUCACCAGCUGAGCGAGGCUGAGCUCAGACAGGCUUGCUAUGUCAGGGGGUUACAUUCUACUAGACUUGAUUCUAACCAGUGCAGGGAGUGGUUAUCCCAGUGGCUCCAGGUGUCCUCCUCAUUGAAAGAAUCAGAGGUCUCCCUGCUCCUGCACAGUAUCGUACUUCUCUCAAUCAACUACCCAAAGGGUUCCAGCGGACACUGACAGGAAGCCUGCAGCAGUCUGAUUUAGUGUUUUAUCUUCUUUUUUUUUCUUUUUUUUUCAUGCACUAGGCAGCACCACUUCCUAGGAGUUGUCAUAAUUUCCUUUAUGCCAAAGAAAACACGUUAAAACUGCUCUUGGCAAGAUUUUGAGGGUUUGGAGUGAAAGAAAACCGUCUUAGUCAAAAAGAAA